AUGACUUACCUUGUCCAACUUCCUAACACCACUGAUGAGGUAGUGGUUUCUUACAUUUAUGGGCUCAAUUUGUUGAACCCUACUGAGAACUCAAGUGGUAGCUCUAGAAUCUCGAGCGGAAUUGCGGAUUUCAGGAACUGUGUAGAGUAUUCUGGUUUGUUUGAUCUCUCAAUCAGAGGAAGUGAAUUCACUUGGUGGAAUAAACAAGUUGUUUCUCCUAUUGCCAAGAAACUGGACCGUAUCCUGAUUAAUGAUCUAUGGCAGCUUAAGUUCCCUACGUCUUUUGCUCACUUUGGUAGUCCUGAUUUCUCAGAUCACUCUCCUAGCUGCUUGAUUCUUGGAGAUAGAGUUAAGACAAAAAAACAAUUUAUGGUUUUCCACUUUAUGUUCUAUCAUCCGGACUUCCUUCCCAGGAUUGCUAUGCAGUGGCAGGAAAUGCAUGUUAUAGGGUCGGCAAUGUACUCGCUCUCACUGAAGUUAAAACUUCUGAAGAAGGAGAUAAUGGAUAUUAAUAGAGAGCAUUUUUCGGAUCUCGAGGAAAGAGUGAAAGAGGCACAUUCACAUCUUGUGUCCUACCAAAACCAGCUUAUGGCGGAUCCAACUCCCCUCUUAGCUUCUUGCGAAAAGGAAGCCCACAAAAAAUGGGUUACUUUAGCACUUGCUGAAGAGUGCUUUCUUGAACAAAGAUCAAGGGUGAAUUGGCUGGAAAAUGGAGAUACGAACACGCCUGUUUUUCACAUAAUAGUGGUUUCUCGACGGGCCUUAAAUCAAAUACACUACCUGAUCGAUGUAGGAGGAAACAGAUUAUCAUCUAUUCUGGACAUCAAAUCUCAUUGUGUGUCUUUCUAUGAGGAUUUGUUUGGAGCUGAGACUCAACCUCUUCCCCUUGCCUCUCUGGAUCAAAUUACCGAGCCCACCUCUUUCAGAUGUUCCGACUCCAUGAAAGCCCUUCUCCAAGCUCCGGUUACUGCAGAAGAUGUUAAGCAUGAGAUCUUCUCCUUACCUCGCAACAAAACGCCAGGCCCUGACGGAUAUACCGGAGAAUUUUACAAGAAAACUUGGGAUGUGAUUGGCCUGGAUCUUACAAGAGCAGUCUUGGAAUUUUUCAAAUCAGGUAAACUACGAAGCAAUGGAACUGUACCGUCAUAUCUCUGA